AUCAUGCAAGUACCUCAUUUAUGCACAUUCUGUGCUAGUGGCAGUUUCGUUUAGAUGCUUCUCGUCGACGUUGAGCGUAUCUUUCUGUAGCGCAAGGAUGAGACUGAUUGGCAUCCCCCAAAAGCUGGCGAAUCGUGUGCGCCUUAACUGUAAUCCACUGGUUCUAACUUAGUAUAGAAAUGCGCGACUGAGGAAAAAGGAAGCAGGUUCCAUAUUCCGGCCUGAGCCUGAUGAUGGAACAAAGACAAGGGUAAAAAGUUCCAAGGCGCUUUCUCCGAUUCUUUUCAGCUGGAAGCAAUCAAUUCUUGCCCAGGCUGCAUAUCAUUCGGCGUCGGUCCUAACCGUUUCAGCACUGCCUUGCUCGCGACUUCACAGUGGAGGAAGGAACGAUGGCCAAGCCGGCGGCGAACCAGAAAGCCAGUGAUACGGCGACGACGGCGGCGCCUGCUGUGGCAAGUCCGUUCGAGUUCCAUGUGUACGGCCCCCGCAAGCUGUCGUGCACGAGCUGGCGAGAUCUCCUUAGCUCAAGCUGGAAGAACCCCAACUACCGGCGGAUGGCGAUCGCGUGCUUCAUCCAGGGAGCGUACCUGCUGGAGCUGGACCGUCAGGAGAAGCGCGACGCCCGCACCGCGCUGGCCCCGCAGUGGUGGCGCCCCUUCAAGUACAGGCUCGUCCAGCCGCUCGUCGACGAGCGCGACGGCUCCAUCUACGGCGCCGUCCUCGAGUGGGACCGCCAGGCGGCGCUGUCGGACUACAUCCCGUUCCGCCCCGCCCGAGCGCCCGCGGCCGUCGUGGCGCUGCGCGGGACGCUGCUCAGCGCGCCCACGUUCCGCCGCGACGUCGUGGACGACCUCCGGUUCCUGGCCUGGGACAGCCUCAAGGGCUCCGUCCGCUUCGCGGGCGCGCUGGCGGCGCUGCGGGGCGCGGCGCGAAGGUUCGGGGCCGGCAGCGUGUGCGUGGGCGGGCACUCGCUGGGCGCCGGGUUCGCGCUGCAGGUGGGGAAGGCGCUGGCCAAGGAGGGCGUCUUCGUGGAGUGCCACGUGUUCAACCCGCCGUCCGUGUCGCUGGCCAUGAGCCUCAGGGGGUUCGCCGAGACGGCCGGCGAGCUGUGGGGCCGCGUGCGCGCGUGGAUCCCCUACGCGGGCGGCGGCGGCACCCAGCAAGCCGCUGCGGAUGCCGAUGGCGGCGAGAGCGAGGCCAAGGCGUCGCUGGCGCGGGCCGGGAUGGGGAAGUGGCUGCCGCACCUGUACAUCAACACCAACGACUACAUCUGCUGCUACUACAGCGACGCGGCGAGCGGGACGGCGACCGUGGCGGUCGGCGGCGGGGGCGGCGGGAAUGGCGGCAGCAAGGCUGCAGGGGUGGCGAGGAUGUUGGUGGUGUCCAAGGGGCCGAGCAAGUUCCUGGCGGCGCACGGGCUGGAGCAGUGGUGGGCCGAUGACGUCGAGCUGCAGGUGGCGCUCAACCACAGCAAGCUCGUCGACCGCCAGCUCAGAUCGCUCUACGCGCCGCCGCCGGCUGCAACGGGCGCCGGCACUUAGCUUGUGUGCCACCGGUGGUGUUUUAUACACAAGACUUUAAUCUUCCAGUUUAUGCAUAAAAAAAAAUGAACAGUGCUACACUGUCACCGUUGUCGUCGAGGACGAGAAGGUUUGGGGUGAUAAUGCUACACAAGUCGAACGGUGGUGUUUCAUGGAAAUUUGCAGGUGGAUGAGAUGUAGCAUAACCAACAUUCAUGAUUUUCAACUCAGUUUGGCAUCCCUCCGUUAAUGGAAAUCUAAUUUUUGAUAGGAUUUUAUUC